CACAGGCAUAUAAACAGUCUCUAAAGAGGAAAAGCGCACAUUUCUUCAGCUUACUUCGACUACCAUGGACCUGAAAGUGGCUGCGGUGACCUUGUGUCUGUGCGCUUUGGCCUUCCACUCGACUGAAGGCGGCUUCCCGAAAUGCUGCGUGAAAACCAGAGACUCCGUCCCCCGAAUUAAACUCAUGAUGGUCAGAAAAUGGCACAUGCAAGAAAGCAGCGGCCCCUGUGACAUCAACGCAUUUGUCCUUUACGUGGCGGGCAGGAAGAAGCCAAUCUGUGCUCAUCCCAAAGUGAGGAUUCAUCUGAAGCAAGUUCGGCGGCAGAUAAUGCAAAUGAAGCUGAGGAAGAUCGCUGAAAUGCAGUGAUGUUAUUUUGCUCUCAUCCAUGGUGGAAAAUAACCAACCUUGGCGUCUGAUAAUGAACCCAUUGUAACUGAUUAGUUACAUUCCUGUUCUUAACUGCUCCCACUGAUACUGCCCGGGGCUUGAAACGCUUUUGGCUCAAAUGUUACCUUUUUUUUUUUUUUUUUUUUAAACCUUGCCAAACGCACUGUUUU